AUGCCGCGCGAGCUCAUCACUCUGCAGGUGGGCCAAUGCGGCAACCAGAUCGGCCGCCAGUUCUGGCAGCUGGCGCUGGAGGAGCACGCGCAGCACUCGCGGCGCGCCGUGUUCGACGAGAGCAUGAGCAGCUUCUUCCGCAACGUGGACGCGCGCGCCUCGCCGCCCAUGGACCUGCCGUUCAACGCGGGCCGGUCGGCCAUCAGGUCGCUCAAGGCGCGCGCCAUCCUCGUGGACAUGGAGCAGGGCCCCGUGGCCGAGACGAUGGCCGGGCCGUUGGGCGAGCUCUUCGACCAGCAGCAGCUGCUCACGGACGUGUCCGGCUCGGGCAACAAUUGGGCGCACGGCCACUGCGUCUACGGCCCCAAGUACGACGAGCAGUUGCAGGACAAGCUGCACCAGGCCGUGGAGCUCUGCGACUCGCUGCAGUCCUUCUUCGUCAUGCACUCCAUGGGCGGAGGCACGGGCUCGGGGCUCGGCACGUACAUCCUGGGGCUGCUGGAGGACCAGUACCCGGACGUGUAUCGGUUCGCGACCGUCGUCUUCCCGUCCGAGGACGACGACGUGGUCACGUCUCCGUACAACAGCAUGCUGGCCCUGCGAGAGCUCACGGAGCACGCGGACUGCGUGCUGCCCAUUGAGAACGAGGCGCUGAUGGAAAUGUGCGCCAAAAUCGACAGGGGGACGGCGUCGGCCGCGCUCUCAGGCUUCGGCUCGGAGGAGAGCGCGGCUCGAGUAGUGGACGACUCGCGGCUCACGGACGGUGUGGACUUGAGGCAGCUGGAGAACGCGUUCGGGGAGAUGAACAAUAUCGUGGCCCGGCUGCUGACGAAUCUGACCAGCUCCAUGAGGUUCGAGGGAUCCUUGAACGUAGAUCUGAACGAGAUCACGACCAACCUGGUGCCGUUCCCCAAGCUCCACUUCUUGCUCUCGAGCAUGAGUCCGGUCUUCGCGACGGCCGACCCGAGGCAGCAGCCUCGCCGACUGAACCAAAUGUUCUCCGAGGCAUUUCAAAGGGACCAUCAGCUCAUCCGGGCCAACCCCCGAGCUAGCGUCUACUUGGCGUGCGGCCUCUUGAUGCGUGGAAACGUCGAGGUGUCCGACAUCAACGCCAACAUCCAGCGCCUGCAGUCCGAAGUGCGCAUGAUCCACUGGAAUCAAGAGGGCUUCAAGGUCGGCGUCUGCUCAGUGCCGCCUGUGGGGCAGAAGUCGUCGCUGCUGUGUCUGUCCAACAACUGCUGCAUCCGCGAGACGUUUGAGCGUCUGCACACGCGCUUCCACAAGCUCUACAGCCGUAGGGCGCACAUGCACCACUACACCGAGUUCAUGGACGUCGGCAUGCUCGACGAGGCGCAGGAGAACGCGCGAUACCUCAUUGGAGAGUAUGCGAAGUUGGAGAGCGCGUCCGACGCCACGCAGCCGACAAUCACGCGAAGUACGAGACGGUUGCAGCCACUGUACUAA